GGCGCGGCGGUGGCGCGUCGCUGGGGUGGUGUUGCGCGUCCGCGGCCUCCGCGCCGUCAAAACCCCGAGACCGAAGCACGCGGCCGGCACUACCUUCGCCGUCGGGCCGUGGAGCUGUUCGCUGCUUGGCUCUAUCACCCUCACCUCUCUCACCCUCACCUCUCUCUCACGCCGCUGACUGACGCGCACGCCCGGCGAUGGCUCUGAUCAUGGACAAGGAGACGCACGGCGGCCGCGGCGAGGAGGAUGAGGAGGAGGAGACGCGCGUCAUGUGGAGGCCGGACCCCAAGCGCGCGCCCACGCGCAUGGACCGGUUCCGCGCCGUCGUGGCGGACACCACGGGCACGCGCCUCGCCAAUUACGCCGAGCUGCACCAGUGGUCGGUGGAGAAUUACGCUGAAUUCUGGGAGGUGUUCUGGAAGUUCAGCGGCGUGGUGCAUUCCGUGCCAUACGACGAGGUGGUGAACACGAGCAAGACGAUCGCCGAAGUGCCCGAGUGGUUCCACGGGAGCCGCCUCAACUUUGCCGAGAACCUUCUGCAUCGCGGGGACGCGGAGAAGGUUGCGCUCUACGCCGCAGUGGAGGGGGGCGAGGAGGUGAGCAAGGUGACGUUUGGCGAGCUGCGGCGCGACGUGGCGCUCUACGCCGCCGCCAUGCGCAAACUCGGCAUCGGCAAGGGCGACCGCGUGGCCGGAUACCUCCCUAACUGCGUGGUGGCCGUGGAGGCGAUGCUGGCCGCUUCGAGCAUCGGCGCCAUCUGGAGCGCCACGUCCCCAGACUUUGGCACCAACGGAGUCCUGGACCGGUUCUCGCAGAUCCAGCCCAAGGUCAUCUUCUCGGUCGAGGCCGUGGUCUACAACGGCAAGACGCACGACCACAUGAGCAAGCUGCUGUCCGUUGUGCGAGGCUUGCCAGACCUGGAGAGUGUCAUCGUGGUCCCUUACGUGGGAACCAGGAAGAACAUCGACCUCUCCACCAUCCCUAACAGCAUGUUCCUGGAGGAUUUCCUGGGCCUGGGUCGCCUCGCCGGGGGCCCAGAGCCACAGCUGGAGUUCGAGCAGCUGCCGUUCAACCACCCGCUCGUCAUCAUGUACUCGUCGGGCACCACGGGGGCGCCCAAGUGCAUGGUGCACUCCGCAGGGGGAACGCUCAUCAAGCACCUGCAGGAGCACAUGCUGGCCGGGGACAUGUCCAGUGAUGACACCAUCAUCUACUACACCACGGCGGGGUGGAUGAUGUGGAACUGGCUGGUGACGUCGCUGGCGGUGGGAGCCAGCGUGGUUCUGUACGACGGCUCGCCUCUCAUCCCCACGCCCACCAUCCUCUUCGACCUCAUCGACAAGCUGGGGAUCACCAUUUUUGGCACAGGUGCCAAGCUGCUGUCACUUCUAGAGGACAAAGGUCUCAAGCCUGCGGAGACGCACAGCCUGGCGAGCCUGCACACCAUCCUGUCGACGGGCUCGCCGCUCAAACCGCAGAGCUAUGACUACGUCUACACGCACAUCAAGCGGGACGUGCUGCUCGGCUCCAUCUCUGGAGGCACCGACAUCAUCUCGUGCUUCAUGGGGCAGAACGUGACGCUCCCCGUGCACCGUGGGGAAAUCCAGGCGUGCCACCUCGGCAUGCCCGUGCAGAGCUGGAACGAGCAAGGCGAGCAGGUGUUUGGGCAGAGCGGCGAGCUGGUGUGCACCAAGCCCAUCCCGUGCCAGCCCACGCACUUCUGGAACGACCCGGACAACAAGAAGUACCACAAGGCCUACUUCGCCAAAUUCCCCGGGAUCUGGGCCCAUGGAGACUACUGCAAGAUCAACCCCAAGACGGGGGGCAUCAUCAUGCUUGGCCGAAGUGACGGGACCCUGAACCCAAACGGAGUUCGCUUUGGAAGCUCGGAGAUCUACAACAUAGUGGAGGCGUUUGAGGAGGUGGAGGACAGCGUGUGCGUGCCGCAGUACGGCAGCGACGGCGACGAGCGCGUCGUGCUCUUCCUCAAGAUGGUGCCGGGCCGCGGCCUCACGCAGGAGCUGGACAAGCGGCUCCGUGGCGCCAUCCGCACGGCGCUGUCGGCGCGCCACGUGCCGGCACUCAUCCUGGAGACCAAGGACAUCCCGUACACCAUCAACGGCAAGAAGGUGGAGGUGGCGGUGAAGCAGGUCAUCGCCGGCCAGGAGGUGGUGCAGCUCGGUUCGUUGUCGAACCCCGGAGCCCUGGAGCUUUACCGCAACCUGCCAGAGCUGCAGGGGUACUGACCGCCCCCCUUGCCCCCGUGGCCAUCGCCAACCCAGACCCCCUCCGCGUUCCGGGGGUCAACGCUGGGGGUCGGCUCGAAGAUUUUAUUCGAGUGCUCGAUUACGGUGACCGAAUCUGACGGUUCGGUUAUUCACGCGACUCAAUCGAAUAGCGCCAAGAAAUAUUUAUCAGGGGGGGGGGGUUUGGGAAAAAAGUCUCAACUUUGACCUUCGCCCCCACCCUCCCCCACCCCGACAUGUGCCGCUGGACGGGAGGCUCAGUGGCCGUAGUCAGCCGGGUCGUGGCGAGUCAGUGGGGGACGGGGGGGGGUGUUUCCCACCUUCGGGGGCCAAAUUUCUGGGUCGAAAAAACCAGCCGAUUAUAACUGUUAGUGGAUUCAUCGACUGAGUCGGCGGGCCCAGCUCUAAUUAUCUUGAGUCUACCAUGGGACAUUUUUAGUUUUUAAGAAAGCGCAGCCCAAAAGAAAAACAAUUACUUAAGACCGUAUUCUCCAGAUUAUAAGCACCCUUUGCUACGUACGGUGCGAAAGAAGUUCAGCAUACGCACAUAAGACGCUUCAGAAAGUAAGACGGCCCCUCAAACUUCUGCCCAUUGGCAAUAAAGUUCUACAAAUCUGGUCUCGAGCACAAACACACACAGCUACCCCCAACUUUGCUUUAAUAUACAGGGAUGUGGAGGCGGAGGGAGUUUGUGUGCCUUACAAUCCAGAGAAUACGGUCAUUAUCUGUCCUGUGUACACAACUAUUAAACUAUUAUUAUUUUACCAUGUAAGGCCCCCGAGGUAGGUAUGACACCUACCUGGGCUGCGUGUCCCGCACUGCUCUGCAACAGGCUUCCCCCCCAAUGUCUAUUGUUUACACACUGAACCCGGUGCUCUCGUACAGACCGAGACAAUCUCAAGAGAGGCCGUCGUUAUCUGGGUCCAGGAAUCGAAACGCCAGGUUGUCAGAUGUGUUUUUCGUCACAGCCCCUACGUUUUAACGAAUUCAAAUAAUCAACGCAGCCUGGUUUGCGUGGCUACAAGAUAAGAGCUGCGGCUGCGUGUGUGUGUUUUUAAUUUUUUAGGCCAAAUCUAAACUUUACCAAAAAGAAAGGAGAGUCAACUCUGAACGCCUGUUCGGGGGAAGUUGAAUAGGCGGUGGUGCGUGUGGUGUGGGUGGGCCCGCUGUGCGGUUAAACAUUGGUGGUUUUGGUUUGUUGUCCUCCCGCACCUCCGAUGGCUACGUACGGUGCGAAAGAAGUUCAGGCAUACGGUUGAACAUUUACACGUACGGUUGAUGCUGUGGUUGUAAUCAUGAGCUGUUGUGCAGGGCGGUGGAGCGCUCAUGUUGCAAGCGAGCUCCUAGCGCGCAACUCGGCUUACCUGGGAGCUUGCGUGGUACGUCUUAACACGUGUACAGCCCUUUUGUCGAUCUACUUCUGGAUGAGGGCCUCCAGACACCGUGCGGGUUAUUGAGGGGGUUUACCGUACCAAAAACCUGUGCCUGGUGUGGUUAGAGUUCUACAUAUCUGCCCACCCACGCAUACACACACACAGAAUAACACCGACCGCAUACCAACACGCACGCAGGCCAACAUCUUGUGUGUCACCCCCAAAAUCGUUGAUUUUAUAUACAAACGGUCACAGGGGCACGUGACCAUACUUCACUACACUUGUCAGUGGGGCUUGAAGAGCCGGUGGGGGGUGGGGGGGGUCAGCGUAGAAGUCGGCAAUUAAAGCGGAGCGCCGGUCAGUCGCAAAGAGGCGCUAUCUGUCGGCAGUGGCGUGUGCAGUCACACAGCGGUCAGUCACACAGUGACACAGCCACUAACCGCUGCACUGCCCUCUGCCGUGCAUGACCCCCCCCCCCCCCAUUGGGGUGGUAGGAGCGCCACAUUCGGAGCAACGUUUCAAUAUCUACCCCCAACUUUAAAGAGACACUCAAAAGACCUUCCUCCCCCCAGCCCUAUUUCUUAACCACUCCACAAUUAUUCCGCCUGGCUCCACACCUCAAGGGUUACAUGCGGCGUCUGUGAAAUACUGCGCGCAUUUCAAGUUUCAUUUUUAUUAUUUUAAACAUUAUGGACGGGGCAGCGAACAAUGAAAAACCCCGAGGCUGUUACCCCCACGCGAUUGGAUGCGUGUUUCGUGAGCUGAAAGUCGAUUGCAUCGUUACUCAAUGUACCGUGCAGGCUGCCGCCGCCGACUGGUCUAAUGUUUUAUAUAAACUUUCGGCAGUUACCUUCGGGCCGCUAAAUGUUAAGAGGAUAACUUCCUCAUCUUCUUUCGUAUGGCCGAUGUAGAUGCGGUGCAACAACUACGAUUCCACAUUCGGGUGGUUUGAGGAUAACUAACCAUUGGACCAGUGGGCAGUGGUUUGGACUCGGGUACAAGGCAGUUACACACGGAUCGAUUCGUUCAUUGUUCCACAUGCUUGGCCCCAGCCCAGUCGAUGCUCGCGCACACACCCGGACUACCUCGCUACUCUCCACUUGCUCGCUCGCUCACCCUGGCGGGGUGUGGGGGGGGGGGCUUAGCCGGAGAGACACUUUAGACAACAUUCACAAAAAUACCCAACGAUUGAAUCCCUAUUGGAACCUCAUUUGCCAGUAAAAAAUAUGAUAAUCGUUGUUUUACCCUUCUAUCUGGCAACAAAACUGACACCUUUUUUUAGAAGGAGUCAUGUUUGCAUAGACCACAAUACCUGCAGUCAUAAUGCAAACAAAAAACAUAGCUCUGAUAAUGUAUGCAUUGUCCUUGAAGUUGAUUGGUCCACACCCCUUUGUAGAAAAGUUGUAAAUGUUGUUGAACGUCAGGAGGAGCGAUUCUCAAACCCCCCCCCCCACCACCCCUCGCCUGUGAGCGAUGAGAGACUGAACGUCACAUGGCAUGCUAGCUACAGUACCCGGGGCAGGCUGUGGACCAAUACGAGUCGUGGCUGUCACAAUCACACAGGGAGAUUUUUUUUUAAUAUAUAUAGAUGGGGGGGUGGGGGCGGGAACCAAAUUGUGUAUAUAGUAUCACUAAAACUCUGCUGUAAAUGUUUAGGUAAAGAUGCAGGCCAGCAAUUGGCACGGUGGCGAGAUGUGAACUACCUCGCCUGGUAUGCAGGAGGUCGCGCGUGGGUUCGAUCCCGACCCCUGUGACGCCUGCUGUAUAUUUGGAGUUCUCUCUCGCCGUGGUAGUGCGGUGUGCGGAUUUUUCUCUGGGGCCUCCGGUUCUUUUCCCCUGCACAUUUAGAAACGGUCUCUUGAGACUCUUCAGUGUCGUGAGGAGGGUCCCUGCUACAUUGUGGACGUACAGCGUCACUUCCGUUGGCGACAUUCUGGCUUCGCGUGGAGAGCAGCCCCCCGAGAACCAGGAGAUACCCAGCAUGCACCAGGCACGUGCCUGCUGCUUGGCUCUCAAGUAUCAAGCGAGGCUUACAAUCCCUGUUCAAAGUGGUUUUUAUUAUAUAUUAAUAUUUUGGGUGAGGGGGAGGGGGCUGGAAUUCGGACUGUGGGGGCCUUAAAAAUGUUUUUUUUUUUAUCUUACCAGGUAAGGCCCACUGAGCUAUAUAGCUCUUUCAGAAGCGACCUGGCCACAAAUGAUAGCUCAACGAAGUGGCGUAUCAUCAUCGCAGUCGCAGCCAAUUACUCUGUGCCACCCCUUGCCCUCCGUAAUGCCACCUCCACCCAUGGAGUAUUAAGUCGGAAGGUUUCGGUGGUGCCACAGUCGUGUAUUCUUGUCUUCUCAUUUCCCUGGCCUUGACCUUCCACGAAGCUCCUGGUCCGCCCUAAACCGCAUCCACCGCACUAACCAUGGCAGUAGAUGCGGACGCACAAGUAAUGGAAACUUAAAAUCCCUCCAGCAGUGUGCGGCUCUGGUCAUCCAGGACAGAGAACUCGCAACACCGCAAUGCCGCGAUCCGCAAAUACGAAGGAGGAAUCGCGGCGAGACAUCUCCGCUGCCGCUCUUGACUAUCUGGCUUCGCCGGCUCGAAUGUGAAAUUGAUGUUGUUGCGCUGCAUCAACAUCGUCAGCCAUACGGAGGAAGAAGAUGAAGGCGAAGAUUUCACCCACCGGGUGGUCCCAGGAGUCCACGCUUGGAGCCCCCCCCUACCCCCACAGCCCCCCUACCCCCACACCCCCACACCCCCCCAUCAAUUGUCGCUGUUUCGUUGUAAAUGCAGAGGUUGGGCGGUGGAGGGGGGAGAGAUCUCAUGUUUUAUUUGCUGAUUUAAACAUUGUCGUCGCCGUUGUUUUAGGACUUGUCAUAAAUUAUAUAUAUAAAGUUUUAUCGUAUCUUUACUUUCAUGUUUUGUUAUUUUGUUUAUUUUUUUGCAAUGCUCGCGCCGCCCAGUCUGGUUUUAGAUACCGGGGGGUAAGAGACCUCCGUGGAGUAGAACGCCUCUGUGGUCUCUGAUGCCCCCCCCCCCCUUUUAUCAAGACGUCAUCUUCUGUUUUCAUUUUGGUGCGUUGACGACUAUCACUCGAGAUUCCUGGCCACUGCUCGGCAAUGGAGGUUGCAUGCAAGUUUAACGAGUGCAUUCGUUGGUGUGACAAACGAUGACUUGUCCUCAUCGAUUAAUCGUACCCUUGUAACGGUUGGCUACGUACGGUGCGAAAGAGGUUCAAUGUACAUUGAGGAGGGGUGGGGGGAUUGGUGGUUGGCAGGUUGUGACCGUCACUACGUGCAAUAGAUCACAGCAGUCAGAGGCGCUGAGCCCGGCACCAUUGAGACCCCUGGGUUCGAUCCCAGUCUUUUCAGCCAUCCUCGAUUGAAACCAGAUUCUCAAGGGAGGCGAGUUGAUGGUGUGUAGGCCCGGGUAACCAAAGAAUGCGAAACUAGAAAAGCCAUCUUGUUUAAAAUCUGAUUUCCACUUGAAACAUGAAAACAAAAACAUCCAUGGCGGAUGAGAAUGUUACACAACAUAUCUCAAUUUGAGUGUCAGGCAAGGGAACAUUUAUCUCUUGUCACGCGGGACAAUGCAGCAUCCCUCCAGUGCGUGGAUGAGAGAGGUCACUCCGAAUGGCUCUCAGAAGCAGUUUUGUGAUAGCUGCUUCCGCGGUUUAUUCUCUGAACACGGGAAGUGGGGGGAGCGGUGGUGAUUGACUGCUUACUGCGACUUCUCACGCAAUUAGAAUUUGGGAGGGGAAGGGGAGGGUGGCGUGAACCACAGAAUAAUAUAAACAAACUCUCCUGCCCUUUGUAAAUCCACUGCUGGAUGAGGACCCCCCCCCCACACACAAAAGUGGGACGGUGGAGGGGAGUGGGCGAACCAUAUUUCACCACCACGCCGGUCAGUGCACGGGUUGGUGGUGGAGUAGUUUGGCAAAGGUGGACGCGAUCGAUGUUUCCGCGAUGCCCACCUCCCCCCACCCUGUGCCGCCCGUACAGUCGCCCCCCGCGGCAGCCUGUAACACCUGUUACGCAUUGUCUCACGUGUCGCAGACGAUGAGGACGACAGCAGGCAGCCUCUCGGCGUGUUUGCAGCGGUUAAGAGUUUGUAGUGGCGAGUAGCUCCCAGUGUAAGAGGAACAUCAACAACAACAACUUCUUCUGUCGUGGCUAAUUGACGGUAGCAACGUGUCGCGACUUGCAACCCCAAAGGCCGCCGAUUCGAUCUCUCGGCGCGGCACUUGAACGGGUCGCCACGUUUCUUAAAUCCACCCCCAACUUGCCGGCCUCUGUCCGCCCAGCAGUGUAGAUGGGGAACACCACAAGUUGGGUGUCGCGUGGUGGGGUAAAGCGUGGGUAUGUCCGCCUUUUUUUUCACUAACGGUGAAUAUAUGCACCGGUCCUGGGUCUCCCCUAGGUCGGGUCGACCUUAAAUAAGUGUGUGUGUAUGUAAAACAUCAGAACUGGGGAGAUAGGCGGCCCGGCUUCGGUAGGUUACUCGCUAAGACAGCACUUGCCCCAUCAGUCUGCGCGGCUAUACGGGGGACCUUUGUCUUUGUUAGGUGUCACAAUGUGUUCGUCAACGGCACUUGCUCCGGCAAGUCUGUACGUCUAUACAGGGAGUGGGGGGGGUCUUUGUCCAUGGAAGUGGUGUUAAGUUACUCAAAUAAGUGCUGUCCAAGGUACGCGACAUUCCGCCGCUUCGCAGAUCAAUAGAAUGCAGAUCGUUAUGAAUCAUAUAUCGUCUUGGCUGCUAUCGCCCACGCGUUAAUCCCUCCAGUGUGUGUCCACGUCCGCGCAAUAUGCCGCCAGGGAGUACAAUCUCUUUAAAUGCUGUAUUGUGAAGAUAAGUACCGUAUGUGAAGCUGUCGGCCUGCGCUUAAACAACCUCUUCUCCGUGUUUUUUUUUUUAUGAAAUCGGCUCCGCUCGUCGCUAAGGCUUUAUGACCCCCCCCACACACACAUAUCCACCCGCCCACUAUACCUCGCCUCGUCCUGUGUAUUGUUAUAUUAACAAUAGUGUGAUCGGAUGUACUAUCCAUAAUCACGUGAUCGCCGUAAUAAAUGGGUGCGUGCUCUGGUCGUAUCGA